AUGGAGGCGUUGGGUAGAAUGAUGGAGGCUGUUGUUCUUGUGUUUUUGUGUCGUUUGGGGGGGUUGGGGGGGUUAUUUCCAGUUUUUUCGGUGGGAAAUACCAAUAAUGGGACCAUCACACUUACUCACCUUCUUUUUGCAAAUGAUACUGUGGUUUUUUGUGAUGCGGAUCAUGAUCAAAUUCAAGCCUUAAGAGUUGUGUUGUUAUGUUUUGAAGCUGUUUCGGGCCUUAAGGUGAAUAUGGAUAAGUCGGAGAUGGUUUUAGUGGGGGAGGUUUGGAAUAUAAAUUUUCUGGCAAACUUUUUGGGCUAUUGGAAAAAAGUUGGCUGGUUAGUUGGAAGUGGUUGUAUUUAUCAAAAGGAGGUGGAAGAAAAUGUCAAGUGCAAUGAGAAUGGUGCACCUGUUAAAAGACUUAGGAGAAAGGCUAUAAUUGUCCAUGCUGAGAAUAUAGCUGGAAGAAGAUUUUGGAAUGAACAUCCAAGUCUUCUGAAGGAGGUGGUUGGUUUUACGGAGGAUGUGGACAAAAUAAAACUGGAGUAUGUUAGGUUCUUCCAAUUUGAGAACAAAUUGAUGCCAUCUACAUGGAUUGUAAUUAGAAUUGAUGGCUGCCAUUUUCACAGAUUUUCUGAAGUUCAUCAAUUUGAGAAGCCAAACGACAAACAAGCUCUGAACCUUAUGAAUUCCUGUGUAGUGGCUGUGUUACAAGAGAUUCCAGAUAUAAUAUUUGGGUAUGGUGUCAGUGAUGACUACAGCUUUGUUUUUAAGAAGGAUUCUCAUUUCUAUCAACGUCAAGCAAGUGAAAUAGUGUCUGUCACUGUAUCAUUCUUCUCUUCCAUGUACGCAAUGAAAUGGAAAGAAUUCUUUCCACUGAAAGAAUUGAAGUACCCUUCUUUUGAUGGACGUGAUGUAUGCUAUCCAUCAGAUGAGAUUCUUCAAGACUAUCUAGCAUGGAGACAAGUUUUUUGCCACAUCAAUAAUCAGUAUAAUACUUGUUUCUGGAUGCUUGUAAACAAGAAAGGAAAAAGCAAAAGUGAAGCUCAAGAUUAUCUGAAAGGGACUCAAGCAAGAGAGAAAAAUGAACUACUUAUCAAGGAAUUUUAUAUUGAUUACAAUGAAUUAGAACCAAUGUUCCGCCAAGGUUCCUUUGCUUUCUGGGAGAAGGAAGACAUUACUUUAGCAGAUGAGAAUGGAGCAUCCGUUGCAAAUUCUCACAAUAAAGUUACUGUAGAACAUUGCGACAUAAUCAAGCCGAACUUUUGGGAAGCACAUUCGAGCAUCCUUGGUGAGAUAGUACCAAAACUUUGAAGUAUUUGGUUCACAGUUUUCUUACCAACACGAAUCUCCUGAAAAAGUUCCUUUGCCAUUAUCUUGUAUUACCAGUACAUAUGAGGUUGCCAUGCAUCUGCUUUUCUAUGUUCUGGGAAAGUUGGAAGUUGACAAUAUCGCUGAGAGAAACUUCUCAUACGCAGUUGGGUAACGUGAUGUUGUGUGGUUUUAAGUUGUAAGAGC